AAAUAACACUUGUGUCCCCCAUCCCCUGGGUCCUACCCUCAUCAGCAGAGGAGGUGUGUGUGAGGGUCCGCAUGUGGUUGCAUGUCAGGUUCCAUUGUCAGGCUCCAGAGGGUUCGGCUCCACCCCACGGCCCAAACAUCCAGAAACUAUAUCUGAACCUUGGUCAGUCGAUUGGCAGGAGGUUACUUUAGGGGUGGACCCUGGCCCUCAGGACUGUAGAAGACAGACGGACAACUCUGAAACACCGACCACAGGACUACAGAGGACCGUUGCCUGUCACACCCACCACCAGACCCAGCCAGAUGACACCUUCAGAGACUUUUGCCUCCCUGACAGAGUGACCUGCCCUCCCAAGCAAGGUGUGAGGACCCUCAUCCUUCCUGUCUCCACACAUUCCCAUUCUUCUUCUCCUCUGCUGCCGCACCUCUCAGGGCAGAAUGGACCAGUCUGUGCAGGAGCUGUUUCUGAACUUCACAGUAGUCUUGAUCACUGUGCUGCUCAUGUGGAUCCUAGUCAAGACCUACCAGGCCUGAACCACCAGGGGACAGAUACAGGGGGAGAGAGAUGAAGGGCUGAGAAAUGGUGGAACAUUUCAAUCCAGUUACUGCAGUUGCAAACAAUCUUGAAAGCUUACUGGGCGACAGGUAGCCUAGUGGUUAGAGAAGUGGGCCAGCAGCCCGGGUUGCUGGCAUCAUCCUAGAUGCCAUUGCCUGCUGUUGUGUCCUUGAGCGAGGGACUUGACCCCCUACAAUUUCUCUGCGGCUGAUCCAUGCGUCUGACCUAUUGCUUCCAGUCCCUCGUCUGUGUUUGUCUCAGGGGUUUGGGGUGUGAGCAUAAAGACACAUUUCCAUUAACGGACAAUAUAGCGAACGGACAAUAAAAUACAAUAAAUCUUAUAUUAUCUUAACUCUGAAACAUAGCAGUUGCACAUGGUCCCUGAGAAAUGAAGUGAAUACAAGAAAUUGAAAGGUAUAGAUAUAGCUUCACUGCUUCAGCUGUCUGCUAAGAAAGACAUGCAGUUCCUCACUCCUGCCUCUUAGAGGGACUGUAGUGUUAGAGAUGAGUUGGCAAGCAUUCUGUUUACACGCUCUACAAU